UUUGGGACAGCUCCACACAACAUCCUAACACCAACUUGGAAAACUAAACCGACCUGCAAUUUCUCAACCAAAUACAACAGCGCAGCAUUUUUAACAUUACAGCAACUGUCAUGGAGGACCAACUAAAACAUAAUUCCGUUUGCCACACCUGCUCGAGAACAGACAGAUACAUAAAUAAGGUCGUACAGAUGUACUGGUCCAUAAGGAUGCCCAUAUGCAUACUGUUUUUGUCACUAUACGCCUUUGAGGUCGCUUCAGCCGAAACGUUAUGUGGCGGAGAGCUUGUGGACGCGCUACAGUUCGUGUGCGACGGAAAAGGUUUCUAUUUUGUUCAACCAACCAGGUCGCUCAGUAAACAACCCCCCAAAAAACGUGGGAUUGUGGAGGAGUGUUGUUUUAGCGGUUGUAACCUAGAUCUGCUAGAACAAUACUGCGCUAAACCUGGCAAGUCAGAGAGGGACGUGUCUGCGACUUCGCUACAGGUGAUCCCUGUGAUGGCAGCAUUAAAACAGGAGGUCCCAAGAAAACACGUGACCGUGAAAUAUUCCAAAUACGAUGUGUGGCAGCGAAAGGCCGCCCAGAGGCUACGGAGGGGCGUCCCAGCCAUCCUGCGAGCAAAGAAGUUUAGGCGACAGGCGGAGAGGAUCAAUGUCCUGGAGCAAUUCCACCACCAUAGGCCUCUUAUUACACUGUCCAGCAAACUGCCGCCCAUCCACCUUCCCACAGAAAACUACGUUAGCCACAAGUGAACCCGGGGUCAUUUGCACAGAGUUGAUAAAAAAAGACUUGGGGAUGAAAGCUUUUUGUCUCUGACGUCAUUUCUGUGUCAGUCUUCUACAACCCUCCUUCCUUCCCUACCAGACAUGCUCACAUGCUCUUCCAGUUUCAAUUCUCGCUGUUUUACUCACCAACAAAAAGGCACAAUGUAAAUGAGAGGAAAAAGUACGAGACAAUGACGCCGUGGAACGUUUUGCCAGUUUGGUGGACAUUGGAACAUGAGGAACAGCUAGCAUGAAAGAAACCAUUCCACUGCAAUCUCCUGAGACUAAAGUAUCGCUCUUUUAGUGCUUUUACGUAUUAGUUUGCACCUCUAACUAUAAAGGGACAUCCACACUGUAAGGAAUUGUUGUAAAAUUAGAUUCCUGUUCCAGCACCUUGUAAUCACAAACGAAACGCAGAGAAGAGUCUGCGAAUUGCACAUCACCACGGAUUACGUCAAAGUUCUUGUUGACUAAAUAAAAAAGGCACUAUUUUUUUACGGACUAUGAACUUGUAGCUCAAAAAAUUUCAUGGUGCGAGCUUUGGGAAUGGACUCAAAGGAGAAGGGGUUGAAAAGAAAGUUUUUUUUUCUUUUGAAAAAUUAUUAAACUUUCAGUUUUAAGGAAAGUGUGACUUUUGAAAAAGAAAGCAGGAGCAUAUUGGCUGUGGGGAUAUCACUGCAUGCAGAUGUGUCAUUAGUUGAGACGUACGACACAACGUAUGCCUUUGGUCCCGGAAGGAGCAGUGUGGGGUUGCUGAAGGGAGCAUGUUCAAAUGCCUGGACAUCUACUCUGGCUGCACAGAACCCCUGCUUUGCACUGCAGGAAGAGGGACAUUAUGACCUUUAAAAAGUGGGAUGUUUGUAUUUUCUAUGUUCUAUUUUGUGAAAAUGCGUCAAGGAAAAAAGAAAAAAGUUCAGUUUCUGGUACCGUGACAUUCUCUUCGUGGCAAAAUAGGCUUUGUGUAUUUGUAACGUUAUUUUACAGUUCUGAAAGAAAGGCACAAAUAUCAAUUAAAAGGGAAAAAACGCAAUAAUGUCAACUAACAUAUAUUUUUAACGUUUAUCAGUAGUAUCCACAUGCUUUUGCCUGAAAACAAAUACUUGAAUAUAUAUAUAUAU